ACGUGCGCACGGGGCAUAGCGAAAUAAUAAAUCAAGAAUAAAAGUACAGAUGAACAAGUGCCACAAACAAGCGCUCAGCGAAUCGGUAAGAGACGCGUGGCUCAGGCAGCCAGGAGGCGAGGCCCCGUCGAGAGGGAGACCAAGCUGAGAGGAAGAGCCAGGGAGACGCGUUGGCCUGGGUCGGACACGUCAACGUUCGGGAGGCCAACCGCUGUAGGAGGGACGUCAACGUAGUAGGGGACCUGUGAUCGAGACGUCUUCCGCUCCGGUCAACCAGCCAAGCAACCUGAGUCUUCGAGAGCCCACCUGACGCCUCCGCCAUUACAGUUUGUCGAGCGACGCCACAUCAACCACACUAUACUGCAGACCAUUUCCGGGCCCAAGCAGGAGUGGACACAUCAGUAUCUGGAAGCAGUCCCUGGUCUGACAUGAAGCUGGCGCUGAGGCUCCAACUCGGUGUUUUGUUGGUUGGCGCGGCAGUUACGUACAUGGCAACAUGGAGUAUACGCAUGAACAGGUGUUCGUACACGGGCAAGUGCGCUUCGGCGAUGGCCUUCCGCUACUGAUUGAACAUCUUUCUUCGACAACGUCGUCAGUACCAUGCCUACACGUGCCCUAGGCUGCGCUGAUUCCGCACGUUGUUGGGCCGACUGACUCACCACCCGAGGCAUCAUGGAAGGCCUUUCGGCGCACCGGCGACGACGGCGACAAUGUUGACACUGUAUAAAACCGAGAGUCAACCGCGCGCCGACUUCCGUGGGCUUGGUAGCACCACCCGAGGCGCAUUGCUAAAUCGUUUGUUCGCCUUCACACAGAGCAAAGCGGGCUGAAUCUGGAAACAAUUCGUCACCUCUUCAACCAUCCUCCUGCCACCCUGCACGCAGCGUAGUAUUCCUGAAGAUGCACAAAGCGGGCAGCUCAACCGUGUUCAACAUUCUGCUGCGAUACGCUGCUGAGGAGGGUCUCAUCUUGGCCCUCCCAAAUUCAGCCGCUCAAUUCCAGCACAGUACAUCAAAGCUUUUCGACCCACAAAAGUUGCUGAACCUCAGCGUGGCCGGAAUGCAGCCAAGCCUCGUAGCUAUGCACAUGCGCAUGGACCGAGCGGCGCUAUUGUCGGUCAUGUUAAAUGAGACGCGCUUUGUGACCAUCAUGCGACGGCCGGUCGACUUAUUUCGCUCGCUGUACGACUACUAUGCCCUCCAGCGCCACUUCGGCGACGAGCCGCUCGAGGAGUUUCUCUUCAACGACGACCACGUGCGUGCCCUGCAAGAGACGCGCUUCGCCGGUAAUCUCGGCUUCAACCAGAUGGCCUUCGAUCUGGGCAUGCACCCGGCAGAUUUCGACGACCACGACAAGGUAGACGAGCUCAUUUCCACAGUCGAGUCUACCUUCGACGUUGUGAUGGUUGCCGAGCGGUUCACCGAGUCCCUCGUGUUGCUGCGCAAGAAGCUGUGCCUGCCAAGCCUACGCAGUGUCGUAGCCUUUAGGAAGAACGCAUUGCAGAACCGCACUACCCUGACCCCACGGGUGGUGGCCCGACUCGCGCAGCUGAAUGCAGCCGACACACGCAUAUACGAGCACUUCGCUCGCCGUCUGCAAAGCCAGCUGCAUGCCCUCGGCGCCCAGAGCGUCGCCUCAGAGGUGGCCCGCAUUGAGGCCACCACACGGCGCUGGCUCGCGCGCUGCGUCGAGUCCACAACCACUGGCCGCCGCGUAGUGGCGCACAGGCUGCGCGAAGGCAUGGACUACGAUGCAACCUGUCACCGCUUGGCUCUCUCCGAGAUCGAGUUUACAAAGGAGCUGCGCUGGGCGCAGACACGCCUAGCGAGACAGAGAACUGGCUUCUUCUACCACUGACAGUAUCCGCUUACGAUGUUCCACUUUUGAACAUGAUGUAUAACUUAGUUUUCACCACAGACUUUUUUUAUUUCUGUUUUGUCUUCCUGAAUAUAACGCAAUGCUAAACCA